AUGCACCCGCCGCACCCCCCAGGCGGGAAGGCUGCUGCCCCGUGUCCCCCCCUCCCCUCCCCCUCCCCCGGGCAGGCCGCGCAGUGGAUGCACCCGCCGCACCCCCCAGGCGGGAAGGCUGCUGCCCCGUGUCCCCCCCUCCCCUCCCCCUCCCCCGGGCAGGCCGCGCAGUGGAUGCACCCGCCGCACCCCCCAGGCGGGAAGGCUGCUGCCCCGUGUCCCCCCCUCCCCUCCCCCUCCCCCGGGCAGGCCGCGCAGUGGAUGCACCCGCCGCACCCCCCAGGCGGGAAGGCUGCUGCCCCGUGUCCCCCCCUCCCCUCCCCCUCCCCCGGGCAGGCCGCGCAGUGGAUGCACCCGCCGCACCCCCCAGGCGGGAAGGCUGCUGCCCCGUGUCCCCCCCUCCCCUCCCCCUCCCCCGGGCAGGCCGCUCAGUGGAUGCACCCGCCGCACCCCCCAGGCGGGAAGGCUGCUGCCCCGUGUCCCCCCCUCCCCUCCCCCUCCCCCGGGCAGGCCGCGCAGUGGAUGCACCCGCCGCACCCCCCAGGCGGGAAGGCUGCUGCCCCGUGUCCCCCCCUCCCCUCCCCCUCCCCCGGGCAGGCCGCGCAGUGGAUGCACCCGCCGCACCCCCCAGGCGGGAAGGCUGCUGCCCCGUGUCCCCCCCUCCCCGCACCCCUCCCCGGGGCAGGCCGCGCAGUGGAUGCACCCGCCGCACCCCCCAGGCGGGAAGGCUGCUGCCCCGUGUCCCCCCCUCCCCUCCCCCUCCCCCGGGCAGGCCGCGCAGUGGAUGCACCCGCCGCACCCCCCAGGCGGGAAGGCUGCUGCCCCGUGUCCCCCCCUCCCCGCACCCCUCCCCGGGGCAGGCCGCGCAGUGGAUGCACCCGCCGCACCCCCCAGGCGGGAAGGCUGCUGCCCCGUGUCCCCCCCUCCCCUCCCCCUCCCCCGGGCAGGCCGCUCAGUGGAUGCACCCGCCGCACCCCCCAGGCGGGAAGGCUGCUGCCCCGUGUCCCCCCCUCCCCGCACCCCUCCCCGGGGCAGGCCGCGCAGUGGAUGCACCCGCCGCACCCCCCAGGCGGGAAGGCUGCUGCCCCGUGUCCCCCCCUCCCCUCCCCCUCCCCCGGGCAGGCCGCGCAGUGGAUGCACCCGCCGCACCCCCCAGGCGGGAAGGCUGCUGCCCCGUGUCCCCCCCUCCCCUCCCCCUCCCCCGGGCAGGCCGCGCAGUGGAUGCACCCGCCGCACCCCCCAGGCGGGAAGGCUGCUGCCCCGUGUCCCCCCCUCCCCCCCCCCCCCCCCGGGCAGGCCGCGCAGUGGAUGCACCCGCCGCACCCCCCAGGCGGGAAGGCUGCUGCCCCGUGUCCCCCCCUCCCCUCCCCCUCCCCCGGGCAGGCCGCGCAGUGGAUGCACCCGCCGCACCCCCCAGGCGGGAAGGCUGCUGCCCCGUGUCCCCCCCUCCCCUCCCCCUCCCCCGGGCAGGCCGCGCAGUGGAUGCACCCGCCGCACCCCCCAGGCGGGAAGGCUGCUGCCCCGUGUCCCCCCCUCCCCGCACCCCUCCCCGGGGCAGGCCGCGCAGUGGAUGCACCCGCCGCACCCCCCAGGCGGGAAGGCUGCUGCCCCGUGUCCCCCCCUCCCCUCCCCCUCCCCCGGGCAGGCCGCGCAGUGGAUGCACCCGCCGCACCCCCCAGGCGGGAAGGCUGCUGCCCCGUGUCCCCCCCUCCCCUCCCCCUCCCCCGGGCAGGCCGCGCAGUGGAUGCACCCGCCGCACCCCCCAGGCGGGAAGGCUGCUGCCCCGUGUCCCCCCCUCCCCUCCCCCUCCCCCGGGCAGGCCGCGCAGUGGAUGCACCCGCCGCACCCCCCAGGCGGGAAGGCUGCUGCCCCGUGUCCCCCCCCCCCCCCCCCCUCCCCCGGGCAGGCCGCGCAGUGGAUGCACCCGCCGCGCUACCCGCGCGUCCCCGGGGCGCCCUCCACGGCCAGGCCCCCCACGUUCCUGGCGCCACACAGUUUUAUUUUUUAACUCCCUGUUUUGGGGUCGUCCUUUGUUAA